AUGGACAUUCAAGCACAGAUUCCAGUUGCUUUGUGCAGCAUCCACAACUUCAUCCACUUGCACAAUCCUGCAGAAGGUAGGCUACCUGACGCAAACUAUUCCCUUGGUGAUGCACAUGCUGCAAACUGGGAGCAGGAGGAAGUAGAAGAGCACCCAGCUGCAUGCAACAAUCUGCAUUUGAUGCAUGAUCACAUUGCCAAAGCAAUGUGGGUGGACUAUCAGCGCAUUGUGCAGGAAAGGCAUAAUCUUGGAGACGACAAUGACAAUUUUUCAAACCAAGGUAUCUCGGAGGAUGAUGAUAAUGGACUGGACUAA